AUGGUCAGAACAAUUUGCGCCCUCGCGCUCGCAGGCAUCUUUAGUCUCGUGGCCUCUGCAGCGCACACCCGAGAGCCAACCAAUCGCCAUUCCCGGCGUGCUGCGCAGAAUGAGGCCAGUGUGGUCAAGGGAGUGUAUAUGGUCGAGCUUGACGAUAGCGUCACCCCUGACCAGCUCACCGACACUCUGAGUGCCGCGAACGUGACCGUACACAUCCGCCAGACGUUGAAGUCGCGCAUCUUCAACGGUGUAUCCCUUGACCUAGUCGGCGCCGGGAACGACAGCGCCGCGACAGAAGGGACCCUCCUCGCGGCGACCGGCGUCAAGCAAAUUUGGCCCGUCCGGACCGUCUCCAUGCCCAAAAACGACGUGCAAUCCUUCAUCCCUCUAGGCACACACUAUUCCACACCCCACACAACCACCCGCCGCGCCACCGCCAACGACACCUACUACCCACACGUCAUGGCGCAGGUCGACCGCCUGCACGACGCCGGCAUAACCGGCCUCGGCGUGCGCAUCGCCGUCGUCGACACGGGCGUCGACUACGACAACCCCAUCCUCGGCGGCUGCCUGGGUGCCAACUGCAUCGUCACGCACGGCUGGGACUCGGUCGGCGUCGACGAGCUCCUGGACGUCGCGGGCGCCGUCACCCCGGUCCCUGACGACGACCCCAUGGACUGCGCCGGGCACGGCAUGCACGUCGCGGGCAUCGUCGCCGCCCUGCCCAACGAGUUUGGGUUCCUGGGCGCCGCGCCGGGCGCCACGCUGGGCGCGUAUCGCGUCAUGGACUGUUCCGGGUACGGGACGGAGGAGACCAUCGCGGCGGGGAUGCUGCGGGCGUUUGACGAUGGGAAUCACAUCUUGACUCUGUCUAUGACGGCGUCGCGCAUUGUCGAGGCCGGGGUGCCGGUUUUUGUGGCUAUUGGCAAUACCGGUGAGACCGGGUCUCUGUUUGACCCUGUGGCUCCUGCUGACGCGCGUCAUAUCAGCUCCGUGUCGUCCUUUGAUCCUGUCCAGGAGCCGGCUGUCUAUGCCCUGGCUGAGUAUGUAGUAGAUGAUGGCAAGGUUGAAGAGUUUGAGUGGGUGCCGCUGCUCAAUGGUCGGUACGACAUGGAGGGAAGUGCGGAUGAGCAGGCCUUUCCUUUGAUUGAUCUGAAUAGUUUUGUGGUCAAUGGCACUGUGGUAGGCGGUUGCCAAACGAUUCCAGAUUCCGUCCCGGACCUGUCGGGGUAUCUCGUCUUGGUCGAAAGGACUCCAGCAAAUUCUUGUAUUUUCCGAACUCAGCGAGAAAACAUCAAAGCAAAGGGCGGCAACCAUAUGAUGUUCUGGGCCAGUGAAGAUAUAAUCCGCAGCAUAGUCAACGACGACCUGCAAACCUUCAUCGCCACAACAACGCCGACCCCAGCCACCGAGUGGCGUAACGCACUGUCCGCCGGCUCCAACGUCACCGUGACCCUCACCAACCCAACCAAGUCCAAGCCCAAAGUCGUCUGGACCACCAACAACAAGACAGGCGGUUACGUUUCGAGCUUUAGCAGCUGGGGCCCGACCCUGGAAAUGCAAUCCGCUCCGGUCUUUGGCGGGCCGGGCCGCAGCAUCCUAUCGACCUACCUCCACAACAAAGGCCAAGGCGUGGCUACCCUCGGCGGCACCUCCAUGGCCGCGCCCUUUGUCGCCGCCUCUGCCGCCCUCCUCCUCCAGGCCCACAACCACACCCUCGACCCACCAACUUUGCAGACCCUCCUCUCCAGCACCGCGAUCCACUCGCUUGGAAACCCCCAUCCGCUGCAGGCCGGCGCCGGGCUGGUCCAGCUCUGGGACGCCGCGCACACCAAGGGCGUGCUCAGCGCACCAAACAUCUCCUUCAACGACAGCGACCACCACGUCGGCGAGAUGCGGCUGGCGCUGCGCAACACGGGCGACGUCCCCGCCGUCUACAGCCUGUCGCACACCGCCGCCGCGACCAUCUACGCCAUGGGGCCCGACGCCGACAGCCUGACGAGCAUGCCGCUGCAGACGAUCGACGCCCCCGCGGCCAUCAGCUUUUCCACCGACUCGGUCUCCGUCCCCGCGGGCGGCGAGGCCGAGAUUGCGGUGCGUUGCACGCCGCCGCAGGGGGUCGAGGGUGGGCGCUGGCCGAUUUACUCUGGGUAUCUGCAGUUCAACGGCAGCAACGGCGACGUGCUAAGCAUUCCGUACGUCGGGAACGCGGGCUCGAUGCGUCGGGCCGUCGUGCUCACCGCGCAGGAGUUGUUCGUGACGCCUCGGUUUGCCGCCGGAGACGUCGUUACGCUGCCCAGUGGGGAGGGGUCGUCGUCGUCCUCGAGUGGGAUUGUCGUCACGGUGUAUCCCAGGCUGCCUACACGCGUGAUGCGGUAUGAGCUUGUGGAGCCGACGUUCACGAACGCGACGGGAGUUGCCAUGAGUAAUUCUACGACUGCGUGGCUUGGGCACAAGACGUUUGGUCAGAUGAUGGGGUCCCCGCAGGCAGUGUUUGCCAAGGGUGCGGCUGGGUCAAUUAAAUUUACAGGGUUGAUGGCUGGGGGAGGUCGAUUGGGGGAGGGUCGAUAUGCAAUUCUGGUUAGUGUGCUGCGGCUCUUUGGCGAUCCGGAUCAGGGGGAUGUGGACAACUGGCAGACGGUCGAGACGGUCCCUUUUGAGCUCCGUUAUAGUAGUUGA